GAUUGUAAAAUUUCUCAGGAAUUCAUCCUAUCACCUCUGCAACUGGGCAUCCCAAAUUCUCGACCUCGUUACUAUCUUCUUGCCAAAUAUCGGCCUAAUGAACCGGAUCGUGUCUAUGCACCAAAUUCUAUCUCAUAUGAGUUUCCUGAGUCAUCAAGCAUUUCGUUCGAUCAACCUCCGCGCUGCAUCGGUGAUUACGUAAAUGACGAGAAUGAUUCUGAUGCAAGUUUACGAGUGGAUAUGACAAAUUGCUGUCGAUAUAUGAAGAGCAUUGAUAUUGUCAGCAAGAGCAGUCAUCGCUCGUCGUGUUUCACAAAGUCGUAUAGCAGUUACAUAACAAGUUCAGGCCCUAUACUGUUAUGUAAUCCUGAAUAUCAGGUAGAAAAUCCGAAGACAUUGGAUGUGGUCGUGAAAAUUUGUGAGCUUGAGCCGAAUGAUGCAAAUUUUGCGAAGAUGUGUUCGCAGAAUACUUUGAGACUUCGUUAUUUUUCAUGGCGAGAAAUGGCGAGUCUGAUGGGAUUUCCGUUCAGCUUUAUUAAACCCGAUCAAGUCACUCAAAAACAAAUGUAUCGCGCCCUUGGGAAUAGUGUCAAUGUGAAAGUUCUUACAGCCUUACUCAAAUAUUUGCUAUCGUGA